AUGCUUGGAAAGCCGGACCCCGAUAAUUCCUCUAUUCAUUCAGCAUCAUCUACACAACCAACACACAGCGCGCAUCGGUACGUUCCCACUUCCGGCUUCUACGGCGCUCAAUUCUUCGGAAGCACGACUUCCAAUUUCUUCGGCCUCAACUGUUGGCCCGUGGGAAAUGGUAAUCAUUCACCUGCGAAUAGCCACUACGCAACCACCGCGUUCUACCAGCCAUCUCACGAGGUGAACGGAGGAGUAUUCGCGCCGAUGAUUGUUCCACCUCAGAGCUCGCAAGCUUUCUGUGGACAAGCAUCAGGUAGAACGCCAGUUUUGACCCAAACAAAGUCCACGCCGUCAAAGCGGCGUCCAAAUGAGACCAACUCCGAGCCGACCACAACAAGGCAGCGUAAAAGAAUCCAGGGAUAUCAAGUAGACUGUGGCAAACUGUGCCUUGAGCAUAGCAAAUUGCCAUUCCAUGGCGCUGGGUUCACACAACCCGUUAGCGGUUUCUGCUCCUUUCACACAGAAGAACCAUACAUUCCGAGUUACAUGGACCCCUCCAACGGACCUGAACCAUGUGUCGUCUGCGGAGACAACGCCACGGGCUUCCACUAUCGUGCCAUGACAUGCGAGGGAUGCAAGGGCUUCUUUCGUAGAUCAGUGCAGAAGAAGCUGGAGUACACGUGCAAAUUCAAUGGCCAGUGUUCCGUCGGCGAUAAGCAGAAUCGGAAUAGUUGUCAGAAAUGCCGAUUUGAACGAUGCCUCAAAGGUGGCAUGGCAAUGGACUGUAAGUUACUCGUCCGUUUAUCUCUUUCAGUUUUCAUUCCAACUUGCGCAAAUCCGAUUGUGGUAUUGGAUGAGGAAAAACGACUAGCUAAGAGACGACUAAUCGAGGCGAAUCGAGCAAGGAAGCAGGCAGAGGCUGCAGCCGCUGCGGCUGCUGCAACUGCAGGAGGAACAAGCACAUCUAGGAUCGCAACGGCGUCUGCGACUUCAAACUACUCUCGCUCAGUACCUCAACAAGCAUCACAGCAGUCAACUCCACAGCGGGUUGCAGCAACAGUUGCAGCACAAGCAGUCGCGGCGGCGGCAGCAGCAGCAGCAUCAGCACCUCACUCCUACUCCGCUCACCCAUCCACCAACACUGACACUGCGGUCAUUGUGAGCCCUGUCGUUGCACCAUCACAUCCACAUCCAUCACCACAUCCACCCUAUGCCUAUUGGGGCGUUGAAGGGACAGUCCAACCGCAGACCUACCACCAGCCAAAUUUUUUCUCCCUGGGGCAGAAUUCUCAGGUACCUCAGCAACUACCGACACCUUCUUCGUCGCAGGUGGUUCCAGUGUCGGAGAGCCAGGUGCCAGCGCGGAAUUCCAUCACUAUCUCCAACCGUGAGGAAGUCGGCGAUAGCACUGAAUCGAGGGAACCGCAGUCUGCUCCAGGAACCUUUCUUAACAUUGGAACCACCGUUAAUUUCGAUCGCGCAAAAGACCAGUCUCAUGAGGAUGUGAAGAAUAGUUUCAAGUUGACAACAGACUCACAGUUGGAACACGCACUGACUCCAUUGAUUUUCCGUCUUUUGGAAUUUGCCAAACACAUCCCAGGAUAUACUUGCCUCCUUGCCCAGGACCAGAUACGACUUCUGGAAAGUUGCGUAAUGGACAUUCUGACCUUGCGAGCUGCUCACACGCUCUCCAGAGUACUGAAGAAAAGUGGGAAUUGGGAAUCAAUGCAAAAGGAAGAUUCUGCGAUACAGAGCAAAGCUUAUCUCGGAAUUGGUAACUCCUCUGAAGAGUGUCCUUCGCUUGUUCGAUCGAUAGCUUUUCGAUUUUGCCAACUCAAAGUCGACUACACAGAGGUCUCCAUUUUGGCAGCGGUGCUUCUCAUGACUCCUGACCGUCCCGGUUUAGUUAACAGUGCAGUCGUGAGGAAUCUUCAGUGUGUCCUAAUGGAAGCAUUUAACGACUACGCCAAUCGUCGCAGAGCUACACAGAACCUGGAACCGACGAUGACAAUUUUGUGGGCGAGAGUCACUGAUAUCUUGAAGCGAAUUCGAGAGGUGACAAUGCGUAACCAGGAGAUCUAUAUGAACAACCAAGGCGACGACAUGAAAGAAAUGCCGUGGUACUUUCAUGAGCUUUUCGCUGCUAAUGACGAGGAAGAAGUGGAGAACAAAAACGGUGAAUCAGCUAGCGGAAGUAUAGUGUUCAAGACCCCUUUUUCCCUGACCUCAAAUCAACUGACCCCAAACGACAGAGACACGCUCGAGAGCAUCUUUGCGAUUUCUGUUAACGAGGAAGUUCACUGGGAUGAUAGGGAAUUCGAAGCAACAAAUUCAGACUCCAUUCCAAGGGCCUACAUCGCAAGAACGAAAAUCAGUGUUGCCUUUUGGGUCCAAAUGGAGUUGUGCCCAUUGUUGACUACAAAAAAUCCCUUCGAUAUCGACGACGAGUUCAGCUAA